CACUUCCGGUGGCGGCUCCUUAGCCUGCACCAGUCUCGUGCGGCCCCGGGCCCGUUCCUGACCCCUGGUGUACCCUUGGUCGCGCCGGCGAGACCUCUUUUCGGUCUCCAGGAACCGAGCAGAGGCCGGGAAGGCCUGUCCCGUGCCGUCUCCCGCAGAGUGUCCUGCACUGAGGUGGUAAAAUGUGUUGCGAGAAGUGGAGCCGCAUGGCUGAAAUGUUUCUCUUCAUUGAAGACCUAGAAGAGGAUUAUAAGAUCCUUUGCCUCUGCUCCAGGGCAUUUGUGGAAGAUCGAAAAUUGUGCAAUUUGGGAUUAAAAGGCUACUAUGUCAAAGGCAAUGGCGACAAUGCAGGAGACCAAGCUACAGAAGAGGAGGAAGGUGGCACUGCAGAGUCACAUAACAGUAAAGGCUUAGGCCUAGAUGAAAGUGAACUUGAUUCUGAAGCUGAACUCAUGAGAAGUAUGGGACUACCACUUCAGUUUGGUGGGAUAUCUGCACAUAAGAAUUUUGAGGUGUCUAUGAAUACUAGAAAUAAGGUUAAAAUAAAAAAGAAAAAGAAAAAACAUCAAAAGAAAUACCUAGAUGAAAUUAUGAGAGAAUCUUGGAGACAAGUAUAUGAAGAAGAUGACAUUUUGGCUUCAGACGAUCCAUCUUCAGUUGAACAGUAUGAGAGCACCAAAACAUGUAAACUUCAAACCAAAAAAGACAUUGAAACUGAAAAUCUUCCUGUUGAAAAUAUAUUAUCUCCAAAGCCAGAAAUCACAGAAAAUUGGGAAAAGUAUUGGAGUGAAUAUGGUGGAGGACUAUUAUGGCAAAGCUGGCAAGAAAAACAUUCAGAUCAGAUACUAUGUUCUGAACCUUGGAACAUUCCUGAUACAAAGGAGGAAUGGGAACAACAUUAUAGUCAACUUUAUUGGUAUUAUUUGGAACAGUUUCAGUAUUGGGAAGCUCAGGGUUGGACUUUUGAUCCCUCACAGACCUGUGAACCAGAUACUUGUGGGUCUAAAAUAGAAGUUGACAAUGAGAAAGAUGAGAAUUGCAUGAAAGCGGACUUAAUAUCUUCUCCAUCUCCAUCUGUUACAAUUGAUAGUGAAAGCUCUAGUUCAAGUGAUAAAGAGCAUAAUGAAAUCCUUGGUGGAAUUAGAAAUAUAAGUUUGAAUUCAGAGGAAGUGGAACAGAGCCAGUUAGAUUCUUCAGUAAGUUGUGAUGGACGUUCGUGGCUAAGUGAAGUCAGCAGCAGCAGAGAAUGCCCUACUUCUGGCCAGAGUGAACCAUGUAAUGGAGGAACCAAGGACAGCAGCUUGUCUGGGAACAGAAGCACGAACCAACCAGCUCAGGAUUCACAGGACUCUUCAGAAGCAAACACAAUCAAAGAAAGACCACAUCCCAACAGUACUGAUGGAGAUGAGAGUGGAGAAGAUCCACCUGAACGUAAGCCAAGCAAACUCAAGAGGAGCCACGAACUGGACAUUGAUGAAAACCCAGAUUCAGACUUUGAUGACAAUGGUUCCCUUCUAGGAUUCAAGCAUGGCUCAGGACAAAAAUACGGAGGAAUUUCAAAUUUCAGUCAUCGGCGGGUCAGAUACCUACAGAAGAAUGUGAAGUAUAAGUCAAAGUUCCUGGACAUGAGAAGACAAAUAAAUAUGAAAAACAAACACAUUUUCUUUACUGAAGAGUCAGAAAAGACGUUCAAAAAAAGCAAAACUUUGACUAAGGUAGAAAAAUUCCUAAAAUGGAUUAAUGAACCAAUGGAAGAGGAAGCACAACAGGAGUCAGUUUCUCAUGACAAUGUGCAAGACACCUGCACAAGCAGUGAUUCAGAGGAACAAGAAAUGUCUGUUAAAAGUGAUGACCCACUGGAGACAAGUAAUCCAGAGCCUGAAAAGUGUCAUGCCAUGUCUUCAGCUGAUGAACUUGAAACAGAAAAAAAUGAAGGAGACAGCACAGUAGUAGCUAUUACAGAUAAGGAAGUUGGUGUUACUCAGAUUACACCAGAUUCUCUUCAGGUAGAAACUGAAGCAGAAAGUAAAAAGAAGAAGAAGAAGAAAAACAAGAACAAAAAGGUAGUUGGUCUGCCUCCUGAGAUAGCUGCUGUUCCUGAGCUGGCAAAAUAUUGGGCCCAGAGAUACAGGCUCUUCUCCCGUUUUGAUGAUGGGAUUAAAUUGGACAGAGAGGGCUGGUUUUCAGUUACUCCUGAGAAGAUUGCUGAACACAUUGCUGGCCGGAUCAGCCAGUCCUUCAAGUGUGACAUUGUAGUAGAUGCAUUUUGUGGAGUUGGAGGAAAUACUAUUCAGUUUGCCUUAACAGGAAAGAGAGUGAUUGCCAUUGAUAUUGAUCCUGUGAAGAUUGAUCUUGCUCGCAAUAAUGCAGAAGUUUAUGGAAUAGCAGACAAGAUAGAAUUCAUCUGUGGAGAUUUCCUCCUGCUGGCUUCACAUUUAAAGGCUGAUGUUGUGUUUCUUAGCCCCCCUUGGGGAGGACCAGACUACGCUACUGCGGAGACCUUUGACAUCAGGACCAUGAUGUCCCCUGAUGGCUUUGAAAUCUUCAGGCUUUCCCAGAAGAUCACUAAUAAUAUUGUUUAUUUUCUUCCAAGAAAUGCUGAUAUUGACCAGGUGGCGUCCUUAGCUGGGCCUGGAGGGCAAGUGGAAAUAGAACAAAACUUUCUUAAUAAUAAAUUGAAGACAAUCACUGCUUAUUUUGGGGACCUGAUUCGAAGAUCAGCCUCUGAAUCGUAACUGUGAGGUGGUACAAAGACAAAGUUCAUGUGUGGUCAGAACGCUAUUCAGAUGAGACCCUUGGGAUUUCUUUCUAUAUUCACUAAUAUUUUGUACCCACGAUCUUAUAUCACCAUAUGAAAUGGAAACUUACAGUAGAUUAAGGAAUAUGAAUGAAGUACUUUGACGUCUUUGGAUAAUAUUAACUCUGUACAUUAUACAUAAGGAUAGUAAGUAACUGAAAUGGAAAAGGUAGUUUUUUCCCUGUGCUUACUGUCAGACAAUGUGUAUAUAUGUACGUGUGUGUUUCUGUUUUUUUUUAUAAUUGCAUAUGUUUUGGUUUAACAUCUUUGUGUGUGUGUGUGUGUGUGUGUGUGUGUGUAAAAAACAAUUACUGUGUUUUUUCUAACAGAGAGAUAAAAGAAAACAAUGAAUGAGCCAUAGUCUAUCUGCCCAUUUGACCCCUGCUGAAAUAAUGUUAAACCUUAAAGGAUAGAAACAUAAAACAGUACAGAAGGGUACAAAAUAAAAAGUAAAACUCUUCUACCCCCUGGCCCUACUCUUUAUUCAUUUAUUUAAAGAUAACUACAGCCAACAGUAUUUUAUAAUUCCUUUAGAAGACAGAAAAGGAAUUGCAGUAUACUUUAAUAUACUUUUUUCCUUCUCAUUCAUGCACUGUUCAAUACUCCGUUUUUUUUACUUAAUCUUUUUUUAAACUAUGUACAUUUUACAAAUAUAUCUCGAAGACCUUCCCUUGUCCUUACGUACACAGAGAUCCACCUCAUACCUUUCAUGGCUAUCUUCUAGAUGGAAUGCACUAUAAUUAAUUUAACCAGUCCCCUGCUGAUGGACACUUAAGCUGUUUUCAGUUUUUCGCAACUAUUAACUAUUGUGGGCAUCAUCAGGCAUUUUAAUUUUGUUAUCUCACAUGUCAGAAAAAUGGUGUCUUACUGUUUGUAUGUAUUCCUUAAUUAUGAAUGAGAUUUGAGCAUAUUUUCAUAUAUAUUGGUCUUAAAAUAGUUUUCCCCUUUUAAACUGACUGUUCCUAUCUUUCAUCAAUUUUUCUUUUGGAUUAUUACCUUUUUCUUAUUAAUAUGCAUGAAUUCUUCAUGAAUUAAAGAGCCCUUUGGCUUCAGUAGAUGUUCCAAAUACAUUUUUCCAGUUUGUUAUUGGCCUUUGAUUGUUUUGUGACUUUUUUUAUUUGCCAUACAUAAGUUAAGUUUUUAUGUAGUCAGACUUAUCAAUCAGUCUUUUUCUCCGUUGCUUCUGGGUGUAUGGUUUUUUGAAAGAUCUUUUGCAUUCCCAGAAUACACACACAUUUGUCCAAGCUUUUUUCUAGAAUUUUACUGUUUUUGUGUCUUUGCUCCAUUUGGAAUUUGCUUUUUAACAUCCUUUUAUUUUAUAAAGUUGGUGGGUUUUUUUUAUUUCAAUUACAAAAACAAUAUGAAAUAUAUUUUGUAACAUUGAGAUUUAUAUUCUUUUUCUAUUAAAAUGACAAUGAAAGGAAGAAUGUGUGUUGCUUAAUUAUUCAUCUAAAAAUGUGUGUUCAGUUAAUUUUACAAGUAGAUAAAAAGACAGGGACAUAGGACUCUGGCUAUCAGGGAUCUGGGACCUUUAUCUUUUCAUAAUGUGAGCAUGUUAAACAUUAAACAAAACAUGGUUUGGGCUUGGAUGGAGCUGGAGGAAUUGAAAUAAAUUGGGGGAAUUUCCAGUAAAUACUGGAAAGAAUAACUUAAAUAAAAACAACUUUGUUGGAGAAUGGAGAAGCAGCACUAACUUCUGUCUCUUCAAACUUUACAAUGUGUGCCUGAUUGUCCUGCACUAUAGAACCAAGAGAGCCAGUCAUGAAGGGUUAAUUUUUUAUUGAUUUGCAACAUCAAAAUCUGUCAGGGUUCUUUGUUUUUAUACUUCAUCAUCAUGGAACAUUAGUGUAUGUAUCAUAAAUUGGUCAUCAUUUUUAAAUUAAUGGUAGCAUUGGUCAUAAGCAUGUGGCCUCUAGAACUAGAACAUGACUUUACUUAGCCACUGAGGUAGGAAGUGGAGGAAUAAAAACAGAUUUCCAAAAUCACCACUUGUUUUUUAGUUUGUGUCCCUUAACCUUUCAUGCAUACCUUUUUUUCCACAAUUCCUUUUCUUAUUUAUAUAUUGUUAAUAUUAAAACUAGUUUAUCUUUCUGAGCGUACAUAACCUUCUAUGGGUAGAAAAGGAAACCUAACCAAGAUUAAAAUAUUUCUCCACGAAUCACACAGAGAUAUAACAUUUGUAGACUUGUUCAUGGAUUAUUAGUGCUUAAAAGAACUUUAUUGUGCAGCUCCUGUGUUCAAAUAAAAUCUUACCAAACAGCCAAAUACGUAAAAUGGAUAAAAAGUAAAGCUGCUGGAGCUGCUUCGGAUAAGACAGAAGUGAGGAAGUGAGCAGCCCUUGUUCUAAUCCAGCUCUUUUUUCUUUUGUUAUAUUGCAAAACUUCUUAAAAGACAUUUUUGUAAAAAAUGAGUGUGUAUUGUCAAUUUCAACACAAAGUGAACAACUCAAAAAGUGACACCCCAAACCUCACCUUCUGUCUGGGGCGCUUCCUCUCCACCUCCUCUCCCACAUUUCCAUUCCACUUCCCAAAGUCCACCAUCGCCAGCACCUCGAUAUGUGUGCAAGACAUUUCCCUAACUAAUAAACACACACACAGUGGGAUGGGAUGGCAUGGGAUUAUAUGAUUUUGACACCUGACUUUGUUUUUCAUUUAAUAUGCCUUACAAAUUUUUCCACAUGAAUACAUACACAUUUGCACUAUCAUAUUUAACCGUCACAUAGUAUAGAUCUGAGAAUUUCUUUAACCAUUACCCCACUAUGAACAUUUAAAUUGUUCCCAAUUUUUGCAAGGGCAGAUGAUACUGCAGGGUAUAUUUCUAAGUAGGGUAGGAUCCUAGAAGUGAAAUUUUUAGGUUAAAAGUCAUGCUUAUCUUUAUAUUUAGUCAAGUUGUCAAGUUGCCCUAGAAAACUAUAUAUUCUCCCUAACUAUGCAUAAAAGGGGCCACUUUUCCCCAGACUCUCAAAAACAUGGCAUGUUUUCACUUCUUAUUGUUACCAAAUUAAUCAACAAACAAUAAAGUUAUCUUAAUUGGCAUGUCCUGAUUACUAGUGAGGGAUGAGCAGUUUUUCAUAUAUAUAAUUAUUCAAAUGCAUGUGUUGUUAGGCAUCUAAUUUUUUCACCAUUUUCUAGUAAAUGAACUAAACUUUCUCCAUUAAUUUGAAAUCUAGUGUGUGUGUGUGUGUGUGUACUUCUGUGUCUGGAAUUCUUUUUGUUCAUCAAUCACUUGUCCAUUCCUGUGCCAUAUGUUUUGAUUACUGUAGUUUUCAUUGUACAUGUUAAUAGUUGGAAAUACCCCCAUCAUUAGUCUUUCAGAUUUUUCUUGGCUCUUCCUGAGCAUUUUUUACCUUUUCAGGUGAGCUUGAAUUUGUCGGUUCUAUUUUUAAAAUCUUUAGGAUUUUAAAUUUUCAGUUGGGGAAGAAUGAUGUCAUCACAGCAUUGAAUCUUUCUAUCCAAAGACUUAAAAUGUAUGUCCCUUUCUGAUCUUCUGUGUCUUUCUGUAAAGCCUUCAUUAUUUUAGUUGUAUAAAUCUUGCAAUUUUUUUUGCCAAGCCUAUUGCUUGGUAUUUCACACUUACUGUUUGAUUUUAAAUGGGGAUCUUUUUGUUGUUACUAUUUCCUACUGGGUGUAUUGUUUGCAUGUAACAAUGCUUUUACUUUCUUACAUCCAGUCACCUCACUGAACUCUUUUUAAUAGUUCUAUUAUUAACUGAUUUACUUUGAUUUUCUAAAUCGGCAGUCAUGACAUCCCUGUAAAAGUUUUUCUCUUUGACAGUAUGUAUGCCUUUUAAUUCUUAUUCUUCUCUUAUUAUAUUAGUUAGAACUGCCAGGAAUGUUAUGCUAAUGUUACUUACUCCUUGCUUUUUAUUUUGCAAUGAAAAGUUAGAAGCAUUUCUGUUAAAUAUUAGAGCUUGCCUUUAAAAUUAGAGAUAGUACUUUAUCCUACAGGGUUUUUUGUCCUUAUUUAAUCUAAUAACGUACUAAAUUGCUCUUAAAAUUUCAAAUUAUUCAACCAUAUGGGCCUUUAUCACUAAAUCCUACUUUAUUAUAAUGUAUUAUUUUAGUCCACUACUGGAUUUCACUUGGUAAGUUUACUCUGUUUAUGUUUGGGUUUUGUGCACCUUACCUGGUUUUGGUAUCAGAGUUAGACUAUUCUGGCAGAAUGCUUUGGAAAUGCCUCCAUUUUCUUCUGAAUCCUAAAUAACAUUAGCAUUGUUGGUUCAUUGAACCCUUGGUUAGAACUCCAGGAAAACUGGGCCUGAUACUUUUUCAAGAAAGAUUUUCAUUGUAGCAUUUUUUUAAAUCCUCUUCUGAGUUUUUUUAAUUCUUUCAUAAGUUUUUUUUAAUAACUUAUAAUUUCCUAGGAAAUAUCCUUUCACUUAGAUUUUGGUUUACUGAUAUAAAGUUAGUACAUUAUCUUAUGGUAUCUACUUGCUUUGUUUAACUUUUUUAUAAUUUCUGUCAUAAAAAGAUUGAAAAACUAGCCUAAAAAAUUUUUGUGUGUGGAGAACCUGGGUUAAGUGUCUGCCUUCAGCUCAGGUCAUGAUUCCAGGGUC